AUAAAAUGUAACUAGAAAUAGAGAUUUGGAUUCUGCAACAGGCCAUAUUUUAGUCCAUCUAAAAAAAUGUUGCUGAAGUGCUGCUGAAAGGGCCAGAGAUGCCAGGAUUUGGGACACAGUGAACCUUUAAGCUGCCUGACACUGACCUCCUGUCACUGUUCCUAAAGAAGAAGCAGGAGCUUAGCCUGCAUUAACACCAGUCCUUCCCGUGCUAACCGCACACUGUUCUGCAACAGUUCUCCCUGUACAGGACCGGAUUGGCACAGAAUAAGAUAAUUUCCUAUUGUACUCAGCUUGUAAUAUGACUCGAUGGAGGAGAAUUUGAUGAGCAUGAGGGAAGACCAUUCUUUUCAUGUUCGUUACAGGAUGGAAGCCUCCUGCCUGGAGCUGGCCCUGGAGGGGGAGCGCCUGUGUAAGGCCGGAGACUGCCGCGCUGGGGUGUCCUUCUUUGAAGCGGCCGUGCAGGUUGGGACCGAGGACCUGAAAACCCUCAGCGCUAUCUACAGCCAGCUGGGCAACGCCUACUUCUACCUGCACGAUUACGCCAAAGCCCUGGAGUACCACCAUCACGACCUCACUCUCGCGAGGACUAUUGGAGACCAGCUGGGGGAAGCCAAAGCCAGUGGUAAUCUGGGCAACACCUUGAAAGUUCUCGGAAAUUUCGACGAAGCCGUAGUGUGCUGCCAGCGACACCUGGAUAUUUCCAGAGAACUUAACGACAAGGUGGGCGAAGCGAGAGCACUCUACAACCUGGGCAACGUGUACCACGCCAAAGGCAAGAGCUUCGGCUGCCCUGGCCCUCAGGACGCGGCCGACUUCCCCGAGGAGGUGCGCGGCGCUCUGCAGGCCGCAGUGGAUCUCUAUGAGGAGAACCUGUCGCUGGUGACCGCUUUGGGGGACCGCGCCGCCCAGGGACGUGCCUUCGGGAACCUGGGAAACACACAUUACCUCCUGGGCAACUUCCGGGACGCGGUCAUCGCCCACGAGCAGCGUCUCCUUAUAGCAAAAGAAUUUGGGGAUAAAGCAGCCGAAAGAAGAGCGUACAGCAACCUUGGAAAUGCAUAUAUAUUUCUUGGUGAAUUUGAAAUGGCCUCUGACUACUACAAAAAGACGCUGCUGUUGGCUCGGCAGCUUAAAGACAGAGCCGUGGAGGCGCAGUCCUGUUACAGCCUGGGCAACACCUACACGCUGCUCCAGGACUACGACAAGGCCAUCGACUACCACCUGAAGCACCUGGCCAUCGCUCAGGAGCUGGAGGACAGAAUCGGCGAAGGGAGAGCGUGCUGGAGCUUAGGAAACGCAUACACAGCCCUAGGAAACCACGAGCAAGCCAUGCACUUCGCUGAAAAGCACCUGGAGAUUUCGAGAGAGGUCGGGGACAGCAGCGGCGAGCUAACAGCGCGGCUGAAUCUCUCCGACCUUCAGAUGGUUCUCGGGCUGAGCUACAGCACAAACAACUCCGUGAUGUCUGAAAACAUUGAAACAGAUAACAGCUCGCACGGUGCACGCCCCAAGUUUGGACGCCGACACAGUAUGGAAAACAUGGAACUUAUGAAAUUAACACCAGAAAAGGUGCAGAACUGGAACAGUGAACUUCUUGCUAAACAAAAACCCCUCAUUGCCAAACCUUCUGCAAAGCUACUCUUUGUCAACAGAUUGAAGGGGAAAAAAUACAAAACCAGUACCUCCACUAAAGUCCUCCAAGAUGCCAGGAACUCCAUUGAGCACCGCGUUCCAAAUCCCCAGAGGAAACUCAGUGCGGACACGACGGGAGAGGAAGGCUUUUUUGACCUCCUGAGCCGGUUUCAGAGCAACCGGAUGGACGACCAGCGGUGCUGCUUGCGAGACAAGACGUGCGGGACGGCUUCCGGCACGGCGCCGUCCACGCCCCCGAGAGUGAAGCUGAAACCGCCGUCUGUCUCCGUGGUGUCCCCCAACACGGACGAGUUUCUGGAUCUCCUGGCCAGCUCGCAGAGCCGCCGCCUGGACGACCAGAGGGCCAGUGUCAGUAACCUGCCGGGGCUUCGUCUGACCCCAAACCACCACCAGCCAGUCCUGGGCCACCUGGUGACGAGUGACAAGGAGCCUGACGAAGACUUCUUCGACAUCCUCGUGAGAUGUCAGGGGUCCAGACUGGACGACCAGAGAUGUGCUCCUCCCGCUGCCACAAAGGGGCCGACGGUGCCCGACGAGGACUUCUUCAGCCUGAUUCUGCGGUCUCAGGCGAAAAGAAUGGAUGAACAGAGGGUUCUUUUACAAAGAGAUCAAAACAGGGACGCUGCAUUUGGGCUCAAGGGCUGUUUGCAAAGUGAUGCUCGGGUGGAAUUUAAAAAUUCAGGAAGAAAAUAAGCCACUGGUUACUGUGGGUGCGUUUUUUAAAGUGACCCCGUCUGCCUUCAGAACGCUGCAGGGACUGACCUUUCCUUUUCCUUGAGGAGGAGGAGUUACGGCACGUGACAGCGUGCACUGUGAGGGCGGCGUCAACCCUUGGCAUGUAUCGUGCAGUGUUAUGAACACGGACACUCACGUGCUCUGUGGACGCGGCUGAGAAGGUGCUUCCCCAGCUUCCGGGAUCCUGCCUGGGACCGGCCUCCGGCAGCUCCUUAGUCCUGGGCCUCGGUGCGUAAAGCAGAAAGUUAGACAAACCCAGACUCCAGUCCCCUUUCGGAGAGCCUGUUUUUAAGCGCUUCAUUGACAGUGGCUUUUUUUAUACUUAACAUGUAGAGAGCAAGCAUGUUGUCUAGGAAAAAUGUGCUUGACCAAUGUUUAGUUAUAUAAAAUAGUCCCAUAAAAAAUCUAGGUCUCUCCCCUCCGCCCCCCAAAAAAAUCUGUCUAUUUUCAAUAUAUUUUUGGGCCAAAGCCAUUAUGAGACUCUUAAGAAAUAAACUUCUUUUAGCUUG